GUCACGUCACCCAUAACAUCCAACAUGGCGGCCACGUCCGCCCGGGAGAAGCAGACCGCUGCUCUGAAGCGGAUGCUGAACUUCAACGCUCCUCCUCUGAACAACUCUCUGUCAGAGCCAGUAUGGAAGGUGCUGAUCUACGACCGGUGUGGGCAGGACAUAAUCUCUCCUCUGCUGUCCAUCAAAGAGUUGCGGGACAUGGGCAUCACCCUACACCUUUUGCUUCACUCAGACAGAGACCCCAUUCCAGACGUUCCAGCCAUUUACUUUGUGAUGCCGACAGAGGAGAACAUCGACCGCAUCUGCCAGGACCUCCGUAACCAACUGUACGAGACCUACUUCCUCAACUUUAUCUCCGCCAUCAGCCGCAGUAAACUGGAGGAUAUCGCCAGUGCCGCUCUGUCUGCGAACGCCGUCACGCAAGUCAACAAGGUUUACGACCAGUAUCUGAACUUCAUCACUUUAGAGGACGACAUGUUUAUUUUGUGUCACCAAAACAAGGAGCUCAUUUCGUAUCACGCCAUAAACCGACCAGACCUGCAAGACACAGACAUGGAAGCCAUCAUGGACACUAUAGUGGACAGUCUUUUCUGCUUUUUUGUCACUUUAGGUGCAGUCCCGAUAAUCCGCUGUCCUAGAGGAAAUGCAGCAGAGAUGGUGGCUGUGAAGCUGGACAAAAAGCUUCGUGAAAACCUCAGAGAUGCAAGAAACAGCCUCUUCACUGCAGACAACAUGACAGCAGGACAAUUCAGUUUCCAGAGGCCGCUGUUCGUGCUGGUCGACCGUAACCUGGACAUGGCCACGCCCCUUCACCACACGUGGACCUAUCAGGCACUGGUGCACGAUGUCCUGGACUUCCAUCUGAACCGUGUGGUGCUGGAGGAGAGCUCUGGACCUGAGCCUAGUCCCUCAGGAGCCCGACCCAAAAAGAAAAACCGCAAAACCUAUGACCUCACAGCAGCCGACAAGUUCUGGCAGAAACACAAGGGAAGUCCGUUCCCAGAGGUGGCAGAGGCGGUGCAGGAGGAGCUGGACACAUACAGAGCUCAGGAGGACGAGGUCAAACGCCUCAAAAGCAUCAUGGGUCUGGAGGGAGAGGACGAAGGAGCCAUCAGCAUGUUAUCGGACAACACGGCCAAACUCACCUCCGCUGUCAGCUCUCUCCCGGAGCUUUUGGAGAAGAAGCGACUGAUCGACCUCCACACAAAUGUGGCCACAGCUGUCCUUGACCACAUCAAGAGUCGUAAGCUGGACGUGUACUUUGAGUACGAGGAGAAGCUGAUGAGUAAAUCAACUCUGGACAAGUCUCUGCUGGACAUCAUCAGUGACCCUGACGCUGGAACACCUGAAGAUAAGAUGCGUCUGUUCCUGAUCUUCUUCAUCACAGCUCCUCAGCCUCCCACAGAGACUGACCUGGAGCAGUAUAAGAAGGCCCUGUUGGAUGCGGGCUGUGACCUUUCACCCCUGAACUACAUCAAACAGUGGAAGGCUUUUGCUAAGAUGGCCUCUCCAGCGAACUAUGGCAACAGUGGAGUAAAACCAAUGGGAUUAUUUUCUCGAGUGAUGAACACUGGCUCUCAGUUUGUGAUGGAGGGAGUCAAAAACCUGGUCCUAAAACAACACAAUUUGCCUGUGACUCGGACUUUGGAUAAUCUGAUGGAGAUGAAGUCCCACCCGGAAACCGAUGACUACAGAUACUUUGACCCAAAGAUGCUCCGUGGCAGUGAGAGCUCCAUCCCACGGAACAAGAACCCCUUUCAAGAGGCCAUUGUGUUUGUGGUGGGAGGAGGCAACUACAUCGAGUAUCAGAACCUGGUGGACUACGCCAAGUCCAAACAGGGCCGGAGGCUGGUGUACGGCUGCAGUGAGCUCUUCAAUGCUGCUCAGUUCAUCAAACAGCUCGCUCAGCUUGGACAGAAGUGACACACCCGCACGUGCACACCUCCACGUGAAUACCCCCUGACCUCGUGUGCACACCCCUGACUUCACGUGAACGCCCUCGACCCACGUGCACGCCCCCUCCCCCCCUCUGUUUUUUAAUCAUUCUAAUGUAAAUGGACUAAAACUUGUCUCUGUCUUCAAUAAACCAAAUUUAACCUGUUUA